GGUAGAUACUGCCCAUGUGGGCAGCGCUUCCCUGGACACGCCCCCUCAUCGUCCUGCCUAUGGCGAUAGGAACGCUUAUAAAGGAGAAAAGAAGCGGGCAGCCUCAGUUCCCUGCCACUUCAGCUCGAGAAACCAAACACUAAUCAGGUCUCCUUGUGGUGUCAGGAUGUUGAGAAGCGGCGUGAACUUUGUCUUGGGCCUGGCUUGGCUGUGGUGCCUUCUAGCGGAAGUGUCUGGCAAGGCACAGCUGCCGGCGAGUGGCCUCCGGUAUGCCCCGACAUCUGCUUCCCACGCAAGGCGACUCCCUCCUAACAUCCCUCAAGAUCCAACUGAGGCCUUUUAUGCCGGGCAAAGGAUGGCUGUGGCACCCUCCACCCUGCCACUGUACAUCAAGCUUCUCAACGGCCAGCAAGGCAGCAAACAGGCUGCCGAGCUACAGUUUGGAAACCACCACAACGCCAACAACGGAAACUACCCGAUUAGCCAGCCCGACCCAUUGCUGGCUGACCCCCUCAAUAGUCAAGGGCAGAACACAGUCGGACUCACACAGACUAUCUCCGCCUCUCCAGCCUUGGCAUCGCCCGCCGUCGACCUUGGUUCUGGAGAGCCAGUGGCCGUGGUCGCUCCGGAGCCAAGUCUUUCUUCAGCCCCUGUCACUAAUCCAUUUGUCGACGAGAGUAGGCCGGUUCUUUCUACGCCUCCUCUAUUCGCGGCUCCCGAAACAGCAGCUGCUCCUGCCCCUCUCGGAGGGGUGCCAGUGGCAGCUCACGUGUCGGGAGUGCCUCAAGAAACUAGUUUUGCAGCUGGGGCGUCUGAAGACCCAUUGGUUGUUGCCUCGAGCAUCCAAAAACCAUUGGCAGUAACGGGAAAUACUUUAAAUUCUUCUGAGGGGAAAGUUCAGUCCGGCCAAGCAAAUCCAGGGCUAUUCAGGCACAUGCCGGUAAUGUACAGACUACCAUCGCUUGGCGCAGGUCAGCAGGAUGGUCAUUACAUCAUUAUUAUGCCCGACCACAAGACAAAGUCCAUCAUCCCAGGUAGCAGCAGCGGCAAAGUGCGGGACGUCACGGUGUACCUCGCUACGGGCGUCCGUGCCCUCAGGCCUCACCAACACGACCAGCUGGGCAUCAACAUCCUGGCCGGCGCCACCGCGCCACACUGAUUCAAAGGGCUGGUUUCGACCCUGAUGCAACCACAGAAAUACGCCAUCUCUGCCGAUGCCUCCAACUGAUGCAUAGUUAACAGAUGAAGGGAGACAGAAUAUUCUACGUAUGUGAUAUCGAGGAUAUGUAUUUAUAAUCAAGGUGAGUUACAUUGUAAAAAGGUUAGAUGAAUAUUACACUCGUCUAAAGCUACUUUGUUAUCAUAGUGCGGGGCAUUAAGUCCACGACAAAAUAAAGUUGUUGGUUUCCUCUCUUUUGAGAACAAUUUUUGUUACUUUACUUUGCAAAUAAAUGUUAAGGAAAUACAAUAACUUUCAAUCACAUUAUUUCUUUACCCUUUACAAGGACUUACAUGCAUGCGCAGAUCAGGACAGCAAUCUCUAGAAGAUAACUUGUUGCUGCUGAAGGCCAUUACUAUAGGUCCCGCUACCGUGCAUAUACACGUGGAAAGGCUGCUGCAAGUUCAAAGGCUAGGGAACACAGUGUAGAUGCAGAAGCACAAUAUGACAUAGCAGAAAAUAAUGCCUAUGAGGAGCUAUUUUUUUUUACAUAAGGAAUUAACCCUUUCCCAAUCCAAACAUAAUACCCAUGACAUGCCUCUCAUCAAAACUGAAGCCACCAAUGAAGUCUCUUGGUAUUAGCCAGAUCAAGGACUCAACCAUGAUACACCUUCGACGUAGACUGGAAACUUGCCCGGCCAGGUGGUACCAAUCGACCAUAUUUUGGGUCUUGGCCCAAGGACUAACUCGGUGAACUGUCGAAGCAGUACUUUCCAUAGAGUUCAAAUUAUUAACUAGAGUGGGUCUGAGGCUGACUUCAGGAUACACGGCCUUGGUACCGCCACUGCUCCAAGCCAACGACUGCACACACGUGACACCACUCUUACUCGAUUUCCUGACACUACUAUUUGAUUUGAAGAAAAACUCAUCUUCCUGAGGAAAUUCUGCAUUGCAUUGGAGUAAAUUUGUCACUGUUAUGUAAACACAAAUCCACGUACACGGUACAGGAACAAAGCCUUUAUCAGUUUAUUCAUGAUAAGAGUGAGAGAGAUCACUGAAAGAAAUAGCAAGGAAUGUGGGUGUUACAAGACGUGUGCAGAAAUGAGCUAAAAAAAAAAAAAAAAAAAAAAAAAAAAAAAAAAAAAAAAAACGCGAACAUAGUGAGAUGGCAAGGAGGCAACGUUAGCGAUGCAACGUUGCCUCCAUGGCUUCAUGCUGUGAAGUAGACUUUAUUGAAGACUGGCCACCCAACUCUCCUCUGGACCCAACUGGAAAAAUCUGGUCCAUUAUAAUAGGCGUUUACAGAGGAAGGAGAGGAAGGACAUUUCGAGCAUUCCGAGGCUGGGAGCGACGAUCAGGGAGGAAUGGGAAAACAUUAACCCACCAGUACUCAGGAACCUUUCUGAAUCCCUUCCUCCACGCCUUGAAAAAUGUGUAUAAAGAGAAAUGGUAAACCCAUAGCUCAAUGGUUCCCAAACUGGGGAGCACGAGCUGGAUACAAGGGGGGCGUGAUUCCGUCUGCUAAAAAAUAAAUAAACACACACACACACACACACACACACACACACACACACACACACACACACACACACACACACACAUGAAUAAGUAACACUAAAUC